AUGGAGUCUACAGAUUUCAAAGAGUUGCUGAAAGAGAAAAUAUGCGAACUGUUUUCAGUAUGCGACAAAGACAACAAAGGAUACAUUGUCAAACAAGACAUGUUUCGUCUCAGUGACAGUAUUUCCAUGCCUGCAGAACAUUUGGAGAGAGUUUUUGAAAUGCUGGACGUGGAUGGCAAUUCUCAGUUGAGCAUUGAAGAGUUUGUGAACGGAUUUGCGACAGCGACAAUAUGCGACCCAAAAAACAUUUUCUCAGGCUUUAAUGAACUUGGGAAUAAAAGACUUGUUGGGAAAGAAAGGGACCAAUUGGAUCUCAAAUUGAUCGAAACGGAAAAGCAUUUGAAGAACUGUCAAAUUUACAUUCAACAAUUGCAGGCGAAGGAAGAUGUGGAGAAGAAGGACCGGGCCAAGUACAAGCCAAUAAUUGACUGUAGGGCAGCUCUGCGAAUGUCCGAGAAGAUUGUCAUCGAGCGAAUGGACUUGGUGGAACAACUGGACGAUCUCCCAAUGGAGAAGACGUACAAAGUAAUGCUGGCCGGAGACUCGGGCGUGGGUAAAAGCAGUUUUAUUCGAAGGCUGUGCGACGGGAACUUUGAAGACUCCUUUGCACCCACCAUCGGUUAG